AUGGGUGAUACAAAAGAAGCUAAAAUGCAGAUAACACCAGAAACUCCAGGACGAGUCACAGUCCUGAAUCCUUUUGAAAGUCCCAGUGAUUAUUAUACUCUUCAGGAGCAGAUUGUCUCCAGUCCUUCAGUCUUUAAAUCAACAAAAUCCUCAUCUACACCAGGAAAAUUUAGAUGGUCUAUUGAUCAGCUUGCUCUAAUAAAUCCUGUGGAAAUUGACUCGGAAGAUGUUCGACGCCAAGCAAUGUAUUUGAGUCAUGCUAGAAUUGACAAGGAAACAGAAGACAGAAGGCAAAAAGCCAUUGAGGAGUUUUUUACAAAAAGACUGAUAGUUCCUUCUCCUUGGACUGAACAUGAAGGCAAGCAAGUUUCUCAGUUUAAUUCAACUAAACCCAUAGAUCUAAAUACCAUUUCUCCAAUUGGAAGACAACUAACUUUGCAGCCUGGGAAAAGCAAUGCUGCUUGUCAGACAGUACUCUCUUUGCCAGUGGAUUUUAAUUUAGAGAAAAUACUAGGUGAAUAUUUUAGAACUGAUGAAUUUGCAGAUCAGUCUCAGGAAAAUCUGAGCUCUUCAUCACUCAGAAGAAAGCUGUUUUUAGAAGAAAAUGGAAGCGUAUCUGAGUGUUUGUCCCCUUCUCUUCAUAGUCCAUGCAGUAGUCAGCCACUUGGAGUGCUUUGUUCAAUUGACAUAUCUCCAGUCCGGUGCAGAAGCCCUCUGGAAACAUCUGGUUCAGGUCAGUUUUCCUCAAGUCCUAUCCAGGGAGGAACAAGGGCUUAUAGUCUUGGAAGUAUAACCAGUCCCACAUUUCCAGAGGGCUCUCCUGCACAUAAUGGUUCUCCUACUUUUUCGCCAAUUGCUUUUCACAUAAGAAAGACGCCACUGUCAGACCAAAGAAAAUUUACAUUUUGUUCUCCAGAUAUUCCUUCUUCCUCAAAUAGAAUGACACCCCCAAGUACAAGAAGUCCUUAUAUAGAUGGUUGUUCUCCGAUUAAAAAUUGUUCUCCUAUGAGGCUGGGAGCAUGCAGAGGAACUGCCCAGUAUCAGACUUCUGUCAUUAGGAUACCAAUUCCAGUUGAAAAUCAUGGUGAGGAUGAGGAAGACAAGGAAAAUGCUUCUCCAGCAGAAGCUCGGUUCCCAGAAAUGGAUAAUGGAAUAAACUUAUGUCAGCAAGACGGUGAUACUUUUGCACAUGGUACACAUCUUGUGGUAGCAACUGUGUCUAUUGCACCAGAUCACUCGGAAGCUUGUCAUCAAAGGUUGUCAUCAUUUCAGGAUAUAGAAGGCUUAAAGGAAAAUAAUACUGUAGAUAUGGCUGAUGCAGCUGAAGUGUCAGAGGAAAACACUUGGAUAAAAGAAACAAUUGGCAAUAGCAAUGCACCAAUGACCAGCUUUAUGACAGGGAUUACUUUCAGUAUUGAAAACUCUCGCAUGUGCAUGUCACCUCUUGCAGAAAGCAGCGCAAUUCCUUGUGACAACAGUAGUAUUCAGGUGGACAGUGGUUAUAAUACACAGACUUGUGGAAGCAGCAUUAUGGAUACUGCGGGGGCUGAAAACAGUUGCAGAGAAAAUGAUGUGAAUACUAACAUGUUUCAGAAUAAAUCUCAGCUUCUUAGAACAAAGGAGUGUUCCAUUUUAAACCAUAAGGACAAUCAGUUGGUGAGAGUAAAAUCUCCAGAGAAGCAAUCCUGUUUCCAAAAAGCAAAAACACAUAGUACAGUAUUUGGUCAAAAUGCAACUUGCAACAUUUCUGCCUGGAAACAUAAAAAUGAAAAUCAAGUUCAGGGAUUUCAGAAAAAUGGUAUGUAGUUUUCUGAUGGAGACUUUAAAUUGUGUUGUCUAACAAAUUUUUAUAUAUAUG